AUGGAAAUCAAGCUGGCGCCUAAGAGAUACCAGCGUAUCGCACAGGACCUUGAGAAGCUCCCAUGCGAGCUUCACGACGAUAUACUAGACGAACUGGAAUACUCGCAACUAAUUCGCCUUUCUUCUUGCGCCGGGCCACGUCUUACUUGGUCCCUCAAAAAUAGCCGAUCGCUCUGGGGUAAAUACUUCCGCGGCGAGGACAUGAGUAAAUGGCAGACACUACUUUCCAUCACAGACCACGUAAAGUUCGCAUGUUUCAAGAAACCGGAAUCCAAGGGAGAUCUACCGGACGUCUUCAAAGACAAAGGCCGCCUUUACUUUCUGACCUAUCGCAAUUCAGACUGGAAGCAUGAAUUGGAUAAGAACUGGACUCGUUUCAGACAGGAACGAGGGGAGCUGGGAACAAGGUGGCUCUCGGAGUUAAACGCGAUCAUCCUUACUGAGACUUGGACCAUGUUCCACGAAGACUACUCCCGAAUCGUCGUACCGAUGCUCCCAAAAUUGCCGGUGCAAGCUUCAGCAAUCCUCUCUAAGAUUCCCGAAUUAGGUGAGAAGGAUUACAAAUACCAGCACCAUGCAGACGGCGCUGUAUCCUCCGCCGACAAACUAGCAGCUUUUGUCGACAUGUAUCAACAAGUCCGUCUAGUCAGAGCAGAAACGCUAGCAGCGGAACUCUACCGACUGGCGGAUAUCUACGAGGCCCAUCCCGCCCGUCUACAGCAGCCGUUUGAUCCCCGAACCCAGGCUCCUGACGAGUUCAAUGCGGAGCAUAUUCCCACUCAAAUGCGACGUGAGGCGCGAAGGAUGAUUAAACGGGCGAAGACCGCUCGCUGGAACAGCAGGGAUGUGAAACCCUUCCGCUUCAAGUAUCCUCCACUUGUGCCGUAUGAGAGCCAGACAAACAGCAACUCGAACCGAUGGAGAUUGUGA